AAGCAAUGGGAGAAGAAGAGUAAAGGCGGAAGUUCCUGCAGCUCUGCAGCUCUCAGUGACCCCCCUGUCUCAAACUCUCUGAAAGCUAGUUGAUCAUGUUUGCGGUAAAAACCCUCAGCAGGUUCAGACCAGGUGUCCUCUCCAUCUCUGGAAACAACACCCUCACUGUCAGGCGCGCGGGGCCCAGGGCUUUGUCGCUCAGCGCGCGCUGUGUGAGGGGAGAGGAGCUGCUGCACGCGGGCAGGAGGUCGUUCCUCACUUGUACCAACCAGGUGAGUGGGUGUGUUUAAAUCCUCACUGGUGGACAGGUGAUAUCAGCUGAAGUGAUUGUUGUUCACGUUCACACCCUUAAAGAAAACACUCCUGUUCAAGUUAGCUUAGCAUUUUUGCAUUGUCCCAUCAAGUCACUCUGGGAUUGAUUGUUGAUGACUGCAGGUCUGACAGAGCACUGUAGAUUACCGACCUUCACUGACUGAUGCCGUUGAAGGAUUUUAAAGCAGCUUGUCCUCUGAGAUGUGUCUGAGUGUUUUUUUUUUUUUUUUUGUCUAAUCUAUCAUUUUAGAAAAAAAAAAUCAGAUUAAAGCUUCAGAAGCUUGAAUCCAUGAAGCUAAACUCGGCCUCCGUUACAUUCGUCUGAGUUCAGGUUGUUGAUAGAGAAACAGCGAAAGAUAGAGGAACACCCCUGUUCAACUGCCAGGUUGUAGUGAUGUAAGAAAAUGACAGCAAGAUAAAUAUUUUCACAACUUUUUCCACCUUUAGUGUGAUCUAUAACCAGAACAAUGCAAUUGAAAAACAAACUGAAACCUUUAAGGGGAAAAAUAAAAAAUAGAAAAGUUAAAAUAACCUGGUUGCAUAACUAUUCACACCCUUAAACUAAUACUUUGUUGCAGCACCUUUGGCUUUUAUUACAGCACUCAGUCUUUUGGGUAGGAGUCUAUCAGCGUGGCACAUCUUGAUGGGGCAAUAUUUGCCCACUCUUCUUUGCAAAACCGCUCCAAAUCUGACAGAUUGCGAGGGCAUCUCCUGUGCACAGCCCUCUUCAGAUCACCCCACAAAUGUUUGAUGGGAUUCAGGUCUGGACUCUGGCAGGGCCAUUCCAAAGUCUCAGUCUUAUUCCGGUGAAGUUCCUCUUCAUCUUCAGCUUUCUAGCAGAAGGCCGAAGGUUUUGUGCCAACACUGACUGGUAUUUGGAACUGUUCAUAAUUCCCUCCACUCUGACUAAGGCACCAGUUCCAGCUGAAGAAAAACAGCCCCAAAGCAUGAUGCUGCCACCACCAUGCUUCACUGUAGGUAUGGUGUUCUUUUGGUGAUGAGCAGUGUUGAUUUUGGCCUUUUGCAAUGAUGGCCAAAAAGUUCAACUUUGGUUUCAUCAGACCAUAACACAUUUUCCCACAUGCGUUUGGGAGAUUUCAAAUGUCUUUUUGCAAAAUUAAGCCGGGCUUUGAUGUUUUUCUUUGUAAGAUAAGGCUUCCGUCUUGCCACCCUACCCCAAAGCCCAGACAUAUGAAGACAGCGGGAGAUUGUUGUCUCAUGUACUACACAGCCAGUACUCACCAGAAAUUCCUGCACUUCCUUCAGUGUUGCUGUCGGCCUCUUGGUAGCCUCCCUGACCAGUUUUCUUCUCGUCUUAUCAUCAAUUUUGGACAGAUGUCCUGUUCUUGGUCAUGAACUGUUGUGCUAUAUUUUCUUCACUUGAUGAUGACGGUCUUUACUGUGUUCCAUGGUAUAUUUAAUUCCUUGGAAAUUCUUUUGUAGCCUCACCUGACUGAUAUCUUUGAAUAAUGAGAUCCCUCUGAUGCUUUGGAAGCUCUCUGUGGACCAUGGCUUGUGCUGGAAGAUGUGGCUACAAAAAUGUCAGGAAAAUCUACUAGACCAGCUGAACUUAAUUUGUGGUUAAUCAGAGGCACUUUAAUUUGGUGACAGGUGUAUGCUGACUCCAAUUUAACCUGAGUUUGAAUGUUAUUGGUUAAAUCUGAACACAGCCACAUCCCCAGUUAUUAAAGGGUGUGCACACUUAUGCAACCACAUGAUCUCAGUUGUUUAUUUUUACUUCACCUCCCUGAAAGGUUUCUGUUUGUUUUUCAAUUGUGUUGUACAGGUUAUAGGUCACAUUAAAGGUGGAAGAAGUUGUGAAAUUAUUUAUCUUGAUUUAAUUUUUUUCACAUGACAAAAACUUGGCAGUUGAACAGGGGUGUGUAGACUUUCUAUAUCCACUGUACAUGAAUAGAACAUGAACAUGUUUCUGUCAAAGGAAUUCUGAUAUUGUAGAAAAUAAGCGGUAAUUUCUAUCAGAUUGUUUUUGAUCUCUUUCUCUGUAUCUUUACUUUUCCCUUCAGUGUGACAUUUAAACAUCCUCAAAAGGAUCUUUAAAACCUUGUAAAUUAUGCAAAGAUAAUGUUUUUUUUUUAUUCGCAGGUCCCAAGCAUCUCACAUUAUUUUCCAGACUGACAUAAUACAUGAAUACCAGUGGGAGCAAAUUGCAUUCACUUAUGAAUCAAAGAGAUUAUUCAAUUUUAUGGAUUGAAAAUAUUGUUUUUCUAAAUAAUCAAGGUAAAACCUUAAGGAUUAGACAUUUUAUUAAGAGGUUUCUCUAAAUUUAGAUGAUUAUGUCAAAGUUUCAAUAUGACUGAUUUUUAAAUAUUUGAUGAAUAUUAUUUUUAUGAAGUAACAAGAAAUGGCUCAAAAUUCUAAGAUUUCUUUUUAAAUACAUUUUUUUGCUGUUUUCCUAACUAAACAACAGACUUUUUUGAUGUGUAUCUUGUGAAUGUUAAUGUUCAGGAAACGAACUGUGCAGCCCAUCAUACAUGAAUACAUGCCUCCUGUUCACUGUAACACAAAUGAUACUCUAUAAAAGCAGGAUAUGAAGACUUCAAACACACUAUGUCUCUGUCUUCUACCUGUGUGCAGGUGCAGUCCCUCUGCCCCUCUAUUAUUAGGUGUGUUUCCACAGCAACGUCAUCCUCAGAUGGAGAGCUGAUUUACACUGGCAACCUGGGCAGAGCUGUGAGAGGUCAGUGAAAACAGAUUUCGCUCUUCUUUCUUCAUUAACCCACAACUCUUCGUUCAUCUCUGGUGGGCAAGGCUAAGACAUGAGUGAAUAGUGCGGAUGGAGGACUUCAGCCUCAGGCACGGUCCUGUUUCCCCAGCCUGAGCUGAGUGGGCUGAUGCCUCAUGACAGCAACAUUUACCCAGCUGUUUAUGCAGGUGUUGAAUGAGCAGGGGAUUUUAGGAAGCAGUUAAAGCCCCCUGGUCAACCCCCUUUUCAUGGCUCAACAUACUGACACAUGCAGCUGGUUGUGUUGGCAUCAACAUUAAAGUAAAGUGAUAUUAUAUUGUAAGAUAUCAUAAUACUGAUGCUAUAAUCAUACCUUAUAUUUAUAGUCCUCAUUUCUGUUUCCUUACUGCUUGGUCAUUGGCUUUAAUGAGAUACUCCAAAUAAUUAUAAAUAAGAAUAUCUUUGUGUAUCAAUGUAGAAGAAGGAAUACCUCCAGUUUAAAGAAAUAACUUCGUGCCUGUGAGAAUCCAUCAGAGCCUUUGUUUGUAGUACCAGUCCAAAGUUUGUCACAUGUAAGCCUUUGUUUGUUUGGUUGGUGGUCCCUCCCUUCAUUAAAUCAGGUAGUCUCACACCUGUGGACCUGUUCUGUGCUGAUGGUGCUUACAGUUGAACCAUCAUGUUGUUAGAACAGGAAUAUAGAGUUUGAAAGCAUUUAUUCCACCAGGCCAGGGGCCUAUUUGAUGAGGCAGGACUACUGCUUAGCGAGGUAACUUCAAGGGUAAGUUCGGGGUUUCCUGUUCUAUGAUGCGGGUUCACUUCUUAGCGAGGCGAGUCUCCAUGGCAACAUACACUGAACAGCUAACCUGCUCCGGGGCAGGUUAGGUUCCAGAUUGAACUCACUGAGUAUGAAAACCCCACCCACUGACCAAUGAGUUCUGUCAAAAAAUGGCUUGUCCGUUCUUGGAGGAUCCUAUAGACCUCGGUGCUCGCAUUGUCCGAGGAGCACUCCAGUGUGCGAGAGUUUUCAAGGACCGCACGGACCCACUUACUUUUUCAGAUGACCACCUUUAUGAAAGGCUUCAAUGGCCGACAUAUCACACAAAAAAAGUAAAUACAAUAGAAAUGAACAAAUGAAUGAAUACAUCUUGGAAAUGAAUUAGACAUGUCUGGUGCAGGUUAAAAGCGCAUCAAAGAUUUUUUGUGCACUAUAUUUACGCAUUAAGACUGUCAGCAAUUUUCUGCCAGCAUUCCUUCCGUUCUUUUGCAGCAGCGACGGUGUUGCUUUUGAGGUUUAUAAUAAAUUGAAUUCUUCAUACUUUCUCAGGAUCGUCUCCUGCUCCUGGUUUGUAAAGUACGCGGUCCUUUCCAGCCUGCUCUGACGCUCCAGACUGGUCCAUGUUCGCGAUUGGUCAGAUGCGGCGACUCCGCCUUACAUGCGUGCAUGCGCUCAUAGCAAAACUGGAUCCACUUACGAGGUUGAUAACCAGCAUCGUAAGACAGUUUAGCGAGACCACUGGCUACCAUGCUAAGUUGAAUGAGGUAGUUCCAAGUAGGGCUGCAAUGAUUAGUCGACGUAAUCGAUUACGUCGACACGACAAAUUCAUCGACACGAAAACGAAGCGCCGUGUUAUUGUUGUUAAGAAUCACAUGCCGGCGCCUCAUGCUCAUCUAUAACUGCAGUGCACUACAGGAUGUGCUGGGGGCAGUAGCGCUCGCUGUUUACAUCCCGCGAGCAAACACAGAAGAAGAGUGCACACAUUAUGGCAGAACAAACUGAAAAAGACGCUCCAAAACUGCGACCCAAAACUUCAAAAGUUUGGGAACAUUUUACGGAGAACAAACCAAAAAAAAACACGUUGAUCAAAGCUCAGCUUUCCUACCAUGGCAGCACCACAGCAAUGUAUGAGCACCUGAAACGCCGACACCCCGGAAAUAGGUGUUUAUAAAUAAAGAAGAUAGUGAUUAAUCGUGUUUAAUCGGACGACUAGUCAGACGACUAGUCGACAAAAAAAUAAUCGUUAGUUGCAGCACUAGUUCCAAGGCUACCUCGCUAGGUCGAACUUGCUUCGUAGAACAGGCCCCAGGACUGACAUGGAAAUAUUUUCUAUUGACUUGAUGACUUUUUCUUUGGUUCUUCUCAGACUGUUUUUAUAUCUUAUAUCUUUAAUUCAUUCUUCAAUUUUAACAAAUACUCCUUGCUGACUGUUUUUUAUUAUUAUUGAAUUCUGUUUUAUUAAAUACUCCUUGCUGACUUUUUAAUCACUCCUUGCUGACUGUUUUUUAAUUUAUUUUUACUCUGUUUUAUUUAAUACUCCUUACUGCAUUUUUCUCUCCUUGCUGACUUUUUUAUUAUUAUAAUUCCGUUUUAUUUAAUACUCCUUGCUGCCUUUUUUAUCACUCCUUGCAGACUGUUCUAUUUUAUAAUUUCUUGCUGACUGUUUUUGAUCAUAAUUCUGUUUUAUUUAAUACUCCUUGCCGACUUUUUAUCACCUCUUAUUGACUCUUUUUAAGCACUUCUUGCUGACUGUUUUUUUUUUAUUAUUUCUUGCUGACUGAUUUGUAUCACUCCUUGCUGACUGUUUUUUAAAUUUAUUUUUAUUCUGUUUUAUUUUAUACUCCUUGUUGACUCUUUUAAGCACUUCUUGCUGACUGUUCUUUUUUUAUUACUCCUUGCUGACUGUUUUUUAAAUUAUUUUUACUCAGUUUUAUUUAAUACUCCUUGCUGCAUUUUUCUCUCCUUGCUGACUUUUUUUUAAUCACUCCUUGACUGUUUUUUAUUACUUAUUGCUGACUGUUUCUUUCAUUGUUAUUGUUCUCUGUCUGGUCCUUUUUUUUAUUCUUGCUGACUGUUUUCUGUUACUCAUUGCUAACAGUUUUUUUUUGUUGUUUUUUGGUUACUGUUGUUCUCUGUCUGGUCCUUGCUGACUGUUUGGGGGUUCUCCUCCGGCUCCUCCUCUGCCCCACGUCCGUCCUCUCAGGGGUGAAGUUCUUCUCGUACAGCAGCAGCGGGACCAGCCUCCUCAUCAUGCCUUACCUCCUGCUGAAAACCGGGUUGGGCAUCCAGAGCUUCGCCCUGCAGGUUGCCUUCUGCGGAGUCAUGGGUUUCUUCACCUUUCUCACUCCAGUCCUCCUCCACUUCAUCACCCGGGGCUAUGUGGUCCGCCUGUACCACCACCCGGACACAGACACUUACACCGCCGUCACCUACAAUGUCUUCCUCACAGAGAAGAGGAGUGUCUUCCACCAGAAGCAGGUCCGGAUUCCUGAUGUCAGUAAAAUGUUCACCACCUUCUAUGCAGGAAACACGUCCCUGCUGGUGAACCCUGACCUGUUCCCCAUCCCCCAGGACUACAACCACCUGAUGGGCUACGACAAGCCCUUCAGCUUCAACCCCGAGGACAUGAACAGACCAGAGGAGAGCUGAGAAACAAGCUGCAGGAUCAGUGAUCAGGACCUGUGUGAAGAGCAGGGGUCAUGUCCACAGUACUCUGCACCAUCUAGAAAGGACUCACAGGGGAACUCUGCAGUCCUUAUUUUGUGUCGCACAUUACAACAUGACCAUCAGGUAAAUAAAGUUUAUGAAGAGUCCCUGAAUGUUGGUCCGUACUGCUGCAGGUGAAGUGUCUGUAAUGUCUGCUUCAUAAUCAGCUGAUGGAUCAAAGUGUGUCAGUAAAAGUUGUAGUUUUUGUGCCUGACAGGCUCAGUUCGUUAUUUCAAGAGUCUGACAGAAAGGGUCCCUGCAGAGAGAGAGGAUUUUAUCACUGCAGACACAGGUCUGACCUCAGAGUGGAAACUAAGGGUCUAUCAUUUCCUCAAUCACUUAGUCUGCGUAGACUGUGACAUGCUGUGUUUUAAGACAAUCAGGGCUGCAUCACAGGAUUAUAAAGAUUUUAAGAGUUAAGUGAGAAGCUUAUAAGGAUAAAGUCAUAUAUUUGUGAGAAAAACAUCUUUGUCGUAUUUUUCUUUUUUUCUUUGUCCAAGACUAAAUACUUACAUUAACCAGAAUAAAGUCAAACAUUUAGGAGAAAAGAAGACCACAUUUAUGGAAUGAAUGCUGUAAACUUACAAGAACAGACCAAACUUUGAAAAUAAACCACUUUAUUCUCAUGUUUCUGAAAGUUUUUUCUCAAAAAUUUACAUGCACAAAUUCAAGAAUUUCAAAGUCUAGCCUAUACAAAUAGUCACAUGAGAAAAGUCCAAAUCUGACAUAUAUGGUGACCUACAGCAACCAAAAAUUUUCACUCCAUCCUUAAAAAUUUGACAUCUUCUCCUUAAAUUUAUAAGAUUAUUACAUUCUUAUGUGAAAUGUUAUAAAUUUUUGAGCAUAGUCAAGAGAAAAAAAAACACGAAUUUAGAAGAAUACAGCAAAUAAUGUCAUAUAUAUAUGCCUGACUUGUAACUCAUAAAUUUACAGCUUGAUUCUCAUGGUCUUGUAGCUUUUUUUUUAUUGAUUAACCAGAAAGUAUUUUCAAGUUUCACAGAAAAGGGUUAUACAUUUGGCCAUGAGUUAAAGUUUUUAAAAAUUCACGUUUAAAGGUCUUAAAUUCACCAGAAUAAACUCAUACAUCGCGUUCCAAAUUAUUAUGCAAAUGAUAUUUUUCUCAGAUUUUCUAAAUAGUCAAUGCAAAUGACAGUCAGCAUAAUUUUCAAGUCAUAAUCUGUUAGAGUAUAAUUUAAAUGUUAUUAAACUAACCUCCCAAUGAUAACAGUAUUUUAUUCAAAAAUAAAAAACUUAAAAUAUACUGUUCCAAAUUAUUAUGCACAACAGAGUCCAAAACAUUUUAUAGGUUGUAAAGAACUGAAAAUGGUCAUUUGUUGAAUUUGCAGCAUUAGGAGUUCAUAUUUACUGAUAUCAAAAGCUAUUUCAAUCAAAAACAUCUUAACAGGUCAAGUUACAUUUCGACAUAGGACCCCUUGUUUGAUAGCAGCUUCAAAAUUCUUUCGUGAAAUAUCUAAAGUUUUCAUACCUUGUCCAAGGCAUUCAACUAUUUCACGCUUUUCAGCAGCAGAGAUCCUUUCUCUUUCCCAUAUUGCUUGAAAAAGUUGGUCUGCUCAAUAAUGUAGAAUGUCCUUCUUUAGUAGUUUUUACCUUAAUUGAGCUCACCUGGCAAACUAAUUAUCACAUGUGUCUGAGAUUGAUUUCAGUGAUCCAAAAAAACCUGAGACACAAUACCAUCCAUGAGUUUAAUUGAAAAACAACGAACGUUUAUGACACUUAAAUAGAAUUUGCAUAAUAAUUUUAGAAUGCAGUGUAAGUUACAAGGGAAAAAAAGAUCAUAAGAGACUACAGUUGUAAGAGGAAAAAAGAAAUCACAAGGAAUGAAACAUGAAAAUUUACAUUCUCUUAACUUUGACUGAUAAUGCAAAUUUACCUCUAAAAAAAAUAUAAUCUAAUUUGCAGGAGGUUAUGAACUUUUGACUGAUUUUUGAGAGUUGGUGUCCCCAUCAUUGUCUUUUUUCCCUACAAAUUUGAAAAAAUAAACUGAACAACAUUAAUGUACCAAAGUAAAAUUACAAAUCAUUAAAUUUAUGAGAGAAAAAUAUGUAUUUCUCCAAAAUUCAUGACAGUCAUUUUUUUGUUUGUGACUGAUGACUUUUUUUUUUUCUGGUAAAAUUAUAAUAUAAAACCGUAUGAAUAUUUUAUUGUGGUAAAUUUAAAGAUCCAGGUUGUAAAUUUUCUCGAAAACAAACCUUUUCUCUCAAAGAAUAAAGUCAUUAAUUUAAAAACUGAAAGUUGAGAUCAUUUGGGUGUACGUCCAGGUCUUUAUUUCCAUGUAAUUACAGUUAAUGUUAACUUUAUUCUUAAACAGUCCUCAUCGUAGUGACUCUGUUACUCUCAAAUACUUUUAAGGAGCUGAAGGAAGAGUUUUAAAACCCUCCAGACUCACAUGAAUGCAGACACUGUGACAAACGUAGACUGACAUCUGUGUCUGCUGUGAGCUGCAGUCAUUGAACAGACCGAUAAAUCAGCUGCUUAUUUAAAUAUUGAAUUUAAAAAGUGAUUCUUUCUGUAAUGAUGUAUUUGUUUCUUCUUUAAUUUGACUGUACGUAUGUGAAUAAAUCAUGUCUUCAUAUUGUGAGCUGUCAGCAGUCGUGUGUUAUUACAGGAUGUCAGGGCUGAGAGGUGAAUGCAGAUUUUCUAACUUUGGUGAGUUUAAGGAUUCAUGUAAACUGGAAGCUGAUUUCACUCAGAAAUAUGAGUGUCUGAGGUGCAUCAUGGAUGUGGACUUAACUAAAUCACAUCAUUCAGGGCAUAAGCAGUGUGUUAGUGCAGACGGAUACUUGUAACAUUGUAAAAACAACAGUAUGCCCUUCACUGUCAUCCUAAGAUGAGAGUUCGGGGCCUAACUGAUCAGAUGUCAUUAAUCUGAUCAUGAUCAGAAUCACAAAGACUUUAUUUCUAAUUUUUAGAAGUAUUUCAAGUGUCAGAAACACACAGCAGAUAUGUCACUGUUUGUAAUGUCAGAGGGCUCCAUUCUUUCGUCCUAUAACUUAUCGUUAAAGACAGAAAUAAAUCACUGUAUGAAUUCGGUGUAAACUUGUUCAUUUGUUCUUCAAGUGAUCCGGUAAACCAUAUAACACUACAAAUCGACCAUGAACUGACUACCUUUAUACAGCUCAAAGUUUGGAAAUCUGUUUUCAAAUGAAUAUAUGUAUCAUCAUGUGAAAUGUGCUUGAACCCUCGAGGAUACCACAAACACAGAACAUCUUACAAUAACAUUUUUUUUUUUUUUGGAACCAUUGAAAACAAAUGGUAAAGAAAUAAAGCAUGUGGGUGUAACUU